AUGGAGGGCGCGGACGGGAGCGAUGACCUGUUGGAUUGGGAGACUCUAUACCGCUUGCCAGUGCAGAAUGUUACCUGGAACGCCACAGAAUGGAUACCUAGUGGAUGGAAUACCACAGCAGCCAAUGCCACCUGGUGGGAGGCGUCCGCGCCCUUUGACUCCCCUACUGCCCUACUGCGCGCUGCAGCAAAAGCUAUACUCCUUGGCUUACUAAUCUUGGCAACAGUAGUCGGUAAUGUAUUUGUGAUAGCGGCGAUACUGCUCGAGCGACACUUACGGAGCGCUGCCAAUCAACUUAUUUUAUCGUUGGCAGUCGCUGAUCUGCUCGUUGCUUGCUUAGUGAUGCCGUUAGGUGCGGUGUACGAAGUGGCCCAACGUUGGACUUUAGGCCCUGAGUUAUGCGACAUGUGGACUUCAGGCGACGUCCUAUGUUGCACGGCCUCAAUUUUACAUCUUGUCGCCAUCGCUCUUGAUAGGUACUGGGCUGUAACAAACAUCGAUUAUAUUCACGCACGAACCGCACGUCGAGUAGGAUAUAUGAUAGCAUGUGUAUGGAUCGCAAGUUUCUUUGUGUGUAUAGCUCCAUUAUUGGGUUGGAAAGAUCCUGAUUGGAAUCGACGUGUCUCUGAAGAUUUGCGAUGCGUCGUGAGUCAGGAUGUUGGCUAUCAGAUAUUUGCCACUGCAUCUUCCUUUUACUUUCCAGUACUUGUUAUAUUAAUAUUGUACUGGCGAAUAUAUCAAACUGCAAGGAAAAGAAUAAGAAGACGCCCAGGUACUACUACACGAGGACCACCGCCUGUACCAGCGGGCGGAGCACUAAUUGCAGCCGGAGGUAGUGGUGGAAUUGCCGCCGCCGUCGUCGCAGUUAUUGGUCGCCCACUGCCGACCAUAUCUGAAACAACUACGACAGGAAUCACAAACGUCUCCUCUAACAACACCAGUCCAGAGAAGCAAUCCUGCAUCAACGGCUUAGAAGCGGACCCACCGACUACAGGUUAUGGUGCAGUCGCAGCAGCCUAUUAUCCGACGUUGGUUCGACGCAAACCCAAAGAAGCCGCUGAUUCCAAGAGGGAGCGAAAAGCGGCAAAAACAUUAGCAAUAAUUACUGGCGCGUUCGUUGCGUGCUGGCUUCCCUUUUUCGUAUUAGCUAUCUUAGUACCAACUUGUAAUUGUGAGGUCAGUCCAGUUCUUACAUCGCUGUCCUUGUGGCUAGGCUAUUUUAAUUCUACUUUGAAUCCAGUGAUAUACACAGUGUUCAGUCCUGAAUUCCGACACGCUUUUCAGCGGCUGCUCUGUGGACGUCGCGCUCGACGACGUCGCGCCCCGCCU